GAGCCCAAAGUGGACGCCCCGUGACAUUCUAUCUGCUUGACACACCAAGAAGGAAGCUGAACGUAAUUGUGCUCCGCGAAAAAAGAAAAAAAAAAAAAACAGAGAAGAGAGGCAACCUUCCCAUCUUUGUUCUCGCUUUAUGAGAGCGGUCUCUGUGGACUCCGCUUCAACACUCUCUGCACUGUUUGGUUGCUGCAUGUAUCCACCACUCUCAGGUGUAAGCAAGGACUUAAAUACAAAGAGAGAAGAAAAGGAAGAAGAUAAACAGAGGGAAACGGCGUAAUUAGUGCGGCUGACUUCGUGUCAGAGCGGGAAACCAUGAGAAGAGACUUUUGAAGAGAACUGUGCACCGAAAAGCAUUGCAGCUGACCUCCAGGACAUUUUUAUGCGUGUGGGGAUAUAUAUGCGUGCACGCCUCUGUCAUUUUCAAAGGAAUUGAAUUUGUAUUUGGAUGCAGAUUCAGCCUUUAAUUAUGACUCUACAAGGAGGCUUUGAGAGACUAUGGAAUGGUUGCCACAGAAAGGUUUUCAGUUGGCUCUUGGUUCUGGCUUGUUAUUGUCUGGUCACCUCGGCAGCCAAACCCAAAAUGCCAGGCCACACGCAUCUCAACUCGAUACGUAUUGAUGGGGACAUAUCUCUGGGUGGACUUUUCCCAGUGCAUGCAAGAGGAAAUGACGGCAAAGCCUGUGGAGAGCUAAAGAAGGAGAAAGGGAUCCAUAGGCUGGAGGCCAUGUUGUUUGCCCUGGAUCGUAUCAAUAACGACAACGAGCUGCUGCCUAAUAUUUCUCUGGGGGCCCGCAUCCUUGACACUUGCUCCCGGGACACCCAUGCUCUGGAACAGUCGCUGACAUUUGUCCAGGCAUUGAUUGAGAAAGACUCGACUGAUGUGAAGUGUCUCAGCGGAGGGCCACCCAUCAUCACCAAGCCAGAGAGAGUGGUCGGAGUGAUUGGUGCCUCCGCCAGCUCUGUGUCAAUCAUGGUGGCCAACAUUUUGCGGCUCUUUAAGAUCCCUCAAGUGAGUUACGCCUCCACAGCCCCGGAACUGAGUGAUAACACCCGUUACGACUUCUUCUCACGUGUGGUGCCCCCAGACACAUACCAGGCUCAGGCUAUGGUUGACAUUGUCAAAGCUAUGCGCUGGAAUUACGUCUCCACAGUAGCUUCAGAGGGAAACUAUGGAGAAAGUGGUGUUGAUGCUUUUAUUCAAAAAUCUAGAGAGGAUGGUGGAUUGUGCAUAUCACAGUCAGUCAAAAUCCCACGUGAACCAAGAGUUGGAGAGUUCGACAAGAUCAUUCACCGGCUGAGUGAGAACCCUAACGCUCGAGUAGUUAUCAUCUUUGCCAACGAGGAUGACAUUAGGCGCCUCCUUCAAGCAGCUAAAAGAGCCAAUCAAACAGGUCAUUUCAUCUGGGUAGGUUCGGAUAGCUGGGGAUCCAAAAUUGCUCCAAUCCUGAACCAGGAAGAAAUGGCAGAAGGUGCUGUUACCAUCCUACCGAAACGACAGUCCAUCAAAGGUUUCGAUCGGUACUUCAUCAGCCGAACCUUAGAGAACAACAGAAGGAACAUCUGGUUUGCAGAGUUCUGGGAGAACAAUUUCCAGUGCAAGCUUAGUCGGCAUGCUGUGAAGAAAGGAUCUGGUAUCAAAAAGUGCACAAACCAUGAGCGGAUUGGAAAAGAUUCAUCCUACGAACAGGAGGGGAAGGUCCAGUUUGUUAUAGAUGCUGUGUAUGCCAUGGCUCAUGCUCUCCAUAACAUGCACAAAGACCUCUGCCCGGGAAAAGUUGGCCUCUGUUCCAAAAUGGAUACCAUCAACGGCACACUGCUUCUCAAGUAUAUUCGCAAUGUCAACUUUACAGGAAUUGCUGGCACCCCUGUGGUCUUCAAUGUGAAUGGAGAUGCUCCUGGUCGUUAUGAAAUCUACCAAUACCAGAUCAAUAAUAACACCACAGAAUACAAGAUCAUCGGGCACUGGACAGAUCAGCUCUACCUAAACACUGAUGAGAUGCAGUGGCCUGGUGGAACCCAGGAAGUCCCGUCCUCAAUCUGCAGCCAGCCCUGCCGUGCGGGGCAACGCAAGAAGACAGUGAAGGGGAUUCCAUGUUGUUGGCACUGUGAGAGCUGUGAUGGUUACCAGUAUCAGGCAGAUACUUACACCUGCAAGAUGUGCCGCUUCGAUUUGCGGCCCAAUGAGAACCACACUGGAUGUGAUCCCAUUCCCAUUGUCAAGUUGGAAUGGAGCUCUCCUUGGGCAGUCAUUCCUGUCCUGAUCGCAGUGUUGGGCAUCAUAGCCACUUUGCUAGUGGUUGUCACAUUCGUUCGCUACAACGACACGCCCAUUGUUAAGGCAUCAGGUCGAGAACUGAGUUAUGUACUAUUGACAGGUAUCUUUUUGUGCUAUGCUACAACCUUCCUCAUGAUCUCCACCCCAGAUGUGUUUGUAUGCUCACUGCGCAGAAUUUUUCUUGGGCUUGGCAUGAGUAUCAGCUAUGCAGCACUGCUAACCAAGACGAAUCGGAUCUACAGGAUUUUCGAGCAGGGCAAGAUGUCUGUCAGUGCUCCUCGAUUCAUCUCCCCAGCCUCUCAGUUAGUCAUCACAUUCAGCCUGAUAUCUGUGCAGCUACUGGGAGUGUGCAUCUGGUUCGGGGUCGAUCCAUCACAAGCUAUCAUCGACUAUGAGGACCAGCGUACAUCCAACCCCGAAAUGGCCAGAGGCGUACUAAAAUGCGACAUAUCAGACCUGUCUCUCAUCUGUUUGCUAGGUUAUAGUAUGCUUCUGAUGGUCACCUGCACAGUUUAUGCAAUCAAAACGAGGGGAGUUCCAGAGACAUUCAACGAGGCCAAGCCUAUUGGCUUCACCAUGUACACCACCUGCAUUGUAUGGUUGGCCUUCAUCCCCAUCUUUUUUGGGACUUCACAGUCAACAGAAAAGAUGUAUAUCCAGACAACAACCCUGACCAUCUCUGUCAGCCUCAGUGCAUCAGUUUCCCUAGGGAUGCUCUACAUGCCCAAGGUCUAUGUGGUUCUCUUUCAUCCGGAGCAGAAUGUGCCCAAGCGCAAGCGCAGCCUGAAGGCCGUGGUCACUGCAGCCACCAUGUCCAACAAGUUCAACCCCAAAGGAGGCCUGAGGCCAAACGGAGAGGCCAAAUCUGAACUCUGUGAAAGUCUGGAAACGCAAGCGUUGGCCUCGAAGCAGACAUACAUAAGCUACAGCAACCAUGCCAUCUGAGACAGAGACAAACCGUACGAGCGAAGCAAAGGCCUGCCAUGGGAGGAAUCACCAGUUUUUUUUAAGGGGUCACUGGAAUUUUGAUCAAGAACUGCCGAGCUGCCGCAACAGAGAGUCCUUGGAAAGCAUUAUGGAAAUUACUCACUCAAAAAGGAUGCCAUAUUUUUGUAGGGAAUACGGUUUGAAUGCCAAAUUAAUAUCAAAUCAUUAUAUUGCAGAAGCAAGAUGGGAGAUGUAAGACAGCUUGAAUAGGUAGGAGUUCUUCACCUCCCUCUUUUCUUGAGGCACAAGUGAAAGUUGAUUAUUGACGUUUUCGAAGCAGGGUGAGCAGAACACCUGGUGUCUACAGUAUGUAUUUCCUUCUGAGGUGUAUAGCACACGAAGUUCAGCUCUCUACAAUGCUGAAUCAUUUCAUCAAUGCAAAGCCAGGGAGUUGGUGUUCUGUUAUUUUAUUUAUUUUAUUUUUAUUUGGUUUAUUUUUCUGAUCAAAUGUAGUUGAUAAAAUGACCCAUUAUAGAAAUGUAGUAUUUUUGGUUACAGUAAUCAGUGGAGUUGAAAGUUGCAGUUCUCCUCAUACUGUACAUGCCUUACUACAGCACACUCAGUAUUCCUUCAUGAACCACAUGUGAGAGACACAAAAGUAAAAGCAGUGGGUCGGUCCAGUUGUUCAGUAAAAUUUUCAUAAUGACAAUGACGACAUUGUCACAAUCAUCUUGAGAAACCUCCUGUACAGUCCCAGAGCAUGCUGAUGGGAACAUCCCGUGUACUGUGCUGUGUUGUCAAUGUCUUUGGAAUGCAACAGUCACAUUUGUUAUUCACGGUGAAGAUGUCAUCUUGAACCAUUACCUGUUCGGUAACCUUCUGCUGGACAAAAAAGCAAUCAUACACAAAGAGCCAAACUGAAUUGCAGUCCUAUAUUUUUUCAUCUGUCUCCAUCCAGGUCAGCAGACUUGAUUAUGCAUAUUUUCAACAUAAAUGAAAUGGUCCUUAUUUAUCUUGCACAGACAGAACCUGUAGGCAAGUCAAGGAGUUGUCUGAUUGUUCAAAUUUUACCUCAGCCAGCACUCAUUGUUUUUGACAGAACCAGGUUAUUAGGAUGGAAUCUAUUUCUGUAUCUGUUUCUUCCAAUGUUAAAGACGCAGAGCACAAUUUUCCCAUGUCUUUAGAAAUACUCAUUCACUUUAUCUCAGUGGAGCAGAAACAGUUCAUUUUACAAAUCAGACAAUACAUGGUACCUAAAGGCAGGGUUUAAGAAUAUGAUAAGAAACUUUAACAUAUCACUGUUUUGCACAUGUUUCAAAAUAUAAGCUCAAUGAUGGGUUGUAGGUAAGAAACUGAGAAUCCAUAGGGAAGCAUUAAAUAGGUAACGUUUUUUGUUUUGCUGAUUACAAUUUUUUCAUCCUUCUCCUUUUUGCUGACUGUCAGUGCUAAAAUGAUCAGUGAUCAUUGACAUCUUCAUUAGCAUUUCUGGAGGAAAAUAUGGUUUACAUAAGCUGGCUGCUUAAUAGUACUGCCAACUUGGAGACAUUCAGAUCUUUCAUACAGAAAAUUGACAAUAUUAAAGUAAUCAUUAAGAAAGUUGGUGGUCAUUUGCUUUCCUUUCGGCUAGUUCAGUUUGUAGGGACAGAAGAAAAACUGUCAAAGUUUUAUUCUCUUAUAAAACUACAAAAGGACCUAAACAAGCUAGAACACCCUUUCACCAAGCAUAAUUCUUGCGACUUGCAAAAGUUUUCAUAUUCCUUUAAUAUAAUUCAAUGUGAUUAUUUUAAACCAACACAAAACUGCAUUUGUGAAAGGAACAAAGUAUGUAUUUUUAUCCUUUUUUUUUUUUUACAAAUAAAACCGGAAAGAAAAAUACUCAACAUAUACACUAACUGACCCUGAGUCUAUGCUUUUUAGAACCACCUUUAGCUGUAAUUGUCUCUGAGGGUCACUUUUUGCCUUGUAUCUCUACCAGCUGUGCACAUGUUAUUUGUAUAUCUAAAGACUGAGCAUUCAUCAUAAAAUGCAAUAGUUUAAAUCCUAUAAGAUUUCAUGGAGAGCCCUAGUUUGAAGUCUUUUGCAGCUUUUGUUCUCAGGUCAUUCUUGCAUUUAGCUCCACCCACCUUCCUUUUCCCUGCUGAAGAUAGGGAUCCCCAUAGCACAAUGGUGCCAUCACCGUGUUUCAUGUGGGCAUCAUGUGUUUUAUAGGCUUAUAGACCAGAUAGUUCGGCCUUAGUCUAAUCUGACCAGAGCAUCUUCUUUCUCAUGUUUGCUGUGUCUCCAAACAUGACUUGUGGCAAGCUGCAAACAGGACUUAAGGCUAACUUUCAACAUUGUCUUUCUAUUUGCCAUUCUUAUGUACAGGCCAGAUUUGUAGAGUGCAAGACUAAUAGUUCCCCUAUCACCAGAAAUUUCUCAUCUGAGCUGCAGAUCUCUGCAAGUAGUCUACAGUCACCACAGGCCUCCUAGCAGCUUCUCUGAAUGUCCCGUCCCUAUUUUAUACUCCAUUCCUAUUUUUCUUCACAUUUCUGACCUAUCUGGUGCAUUCGCAAGUCUUUAUAUUCCUGUUUGUUGACUAAUGUUCUUCAACAAACUCUGAGGCCUUCAAAGAAGAUAUGUAUGCUGAAAUGAAACACACACACACAUACACACACACACACA